AUGGUGUCGUACCGGUCGGUGCUUCAGACGGUAGAGGCAGCGCUGGGGCCUGACGGCCGGCGGGGCAAGCAGCUGACGGCGGCGCAGCGCGGCGACCUCUUUUACGCGCUCUCGCUCGUCGAAGAUGACCUCAGGUCUGACGUCACGUCGCUAGGAACCUCCUGGCGGAGAAGCCGCGGAAUUAGCAGCGGUGCACAGGUGCGCUCGAAGGAGGCACAGCUGCUUUGCGUGCUUCUCAAUGCAUCAACCCAACCCACGGCCCUCCCUCUGCCACCCUUCCCUUCUAACCGAUCCCCCUUCUCCCCGAUCCCGCUCCUCAUCUUCCCAAUCCCCCACCACCCUACCCCCCAUCCCACUCUUCUUUCCCUCCGCGCUUGCAGGAACCUCCUGGGGGAAAAGCCCCGGGACGAGCAGCAGUGGGCGCAG